AUGGCGCCUCCAUCAUACGCCCGCGCUACGGCCUCGUCCACCUCAAAAGCCAGCCCAAAGUCAUCCAGAACCACCCGAGACCCAGAAGUGGUAAAAUCGACUCCAUCACCUAGCUCCAGGAAAUUGACAGAAUCGCCCAACAACUCCACUCCAACACCCCAGGAAAAGAAGAAGGCCCUCAAACGCCCCUCGACGCUCACAUCCCACCAAAAAGACACCAUACAUUACAAAUGCGACCUCUACCACAUCACCCCAAAAGACGCUUCAAAGCCCUGUUUCCUAUCCCUUCUCCCCUCCGAACUCCGCACCCAAAUCUACACCUAUAUCCUCCCCUCAACCCAUUACAUCUCGCCCUCAUGGCCCUCCUUAAGCAAACCCAAGCACCCCACCAUCCCACCCCUCCUCCACAUCAGCCGCGCCAUCCGCAUCGAAGCAGCAUACACCUACUACACAACCACAACCUUCCACUUCACCGUCCGCAACCUCGAUUUCUCACCCGUAACACGCUGGCUCGAGGACCUAGCACCCCAGCACCGCGCAUUACUCCCCCGGAACCAUCGCGGUCUGGAAAUUAACGUCAUCCCCACUGUCAAAAGCACGUUUACGUAUCCGCCCAAAGGAUGGCUGCUAGAUGCAGAUAUGGAGCGGCACUGGCGGGCAUGCCAGCCCUUUGGCAAUAUCUACACGGUGCACGGCGAGGCGCACAAGUUACAUUUUGUGGUUUUUUGUCGACUGGCCAAGUGGUGGCGGUGGUGGGGGGCGCUGCAGCUAAAAGGGGAGGUCAAGUGCAACUAUGCGUUUGAGCAGAGUCCGUUUGCGAAUCCGUUUGGUAUCCCGGAUUUUCUGGAUGAGGUGGUGCUGAGGCAGUUUUUGAGGCACCAUGGGUGUGCGGUUGGUAUGGCGUGUGUGGAGAAGGCGUGGAGGAGGAAUCGGAUGGCUGCGGCGGGGAUGAAGGGGGAGGGGGUUAAGUUUUUGGAGGCGUUGGAUAGGUGGUAUAAGGAUAGGUGGGGGGAGCAGGAGAGUGCAAAUGAGUGGAAUUUGAGGAUGGAAGAGGCAAAGAAGGCUGUUGGGAGGUGGUAG